AAGUGUUAAAAUGUAACUCAGUUUUUAUUGUUUUUCCUAGAUUUUUUUUCUUCUUUUUAUUUGUUCGUUUUCUCAUUACUAAUUAAUUCCUGACCAGACAUAAUUAAAAAAAUAAAGCAUUAUAGAUUCUGACAAUUUUAUGCAUGUGUUAUCAUUAUUAGUGUAACAAAAAUGACCCACUCAGUUUUCAAUCGAGUAAAGAAAAUGGUCUUUUUUUCUCCUAUUUGUGUGGUAAAGAUUCAUUGAGAAAUUUUGUUAAUAAAAAAAAAAGAGUUAUAUAAUUUUUUUUAAAGAAGAAAAUCAGUACUUUUCUUUUUUGUGUUUUUAAAUAAAAUCAGGAAUAAAAAAGCUAGUGGCGCGUGGGGAAGGAGCUUGGUACUGCAUGACACGUGUAUAGCGACCUGUUGAGGCGGUUAACCAUAAGCGAAGGAAAUGAGGAGCAGAGCACAACAGAGAAGCGGGGCCAUACAGUUUUGAAGAUUUGACUUUGACUGAGUUGAGGCUUUUUAUUAAUAUAAAAUAAAGCAAAGUAAGAAAGAGCUGAGAAGAAAAGUCACACUUUCCUCUAAGCUUCUUGCUCCUUCAAACUCAAGCUCUACCAUAUAUAAAGGCCCAUAUUCCAUCUUCAGGUUACUCAUAGUUUCUUCAAACCAGGUCUUCUGCAAAUAUUUUUUGCUCUUUAUAAAGAUAAACAAAAACGAAGAUAAACCCAAAAAUACCAUACUCCUUCCCAACAAUAACUAUUCUAAAGGAGACUUUUGGGUAUGUGCAGUGGUUCAAAGAAUAAAGUUAAUAAUAACCCUUCAGAGGUUAUCAUGGAGAGCGAGUUUCCCAAAGAGAAUAAUGGGGUUUUCAGUAAGUGCUCUGUUUUGCUCGAAUUGUCCGCCUCGGACGAUCUCGAGGCCUUCAGAAGUACAAUCGAAGAAAAGGGUAUCAACGUUGACCAGACGGGUUUCUGGUACGGCAGAAGAAUUGGGUCCAAAAAGAUGGGAUUUGAAGAGAGAACUCCUCUUAUGAUAGCCGCCAUGUUUGGAAGCACCAAGGUUUUGAAGUACAUAAUCGACUCCGGCAUGGUCGAUGUCAACAGGGUUUGUGGUUCGGACAAAGUCACAGCCCUUCACUGUGCUACGUCUGGAGCCUCGAGUUCUUCACUUGAGGCUGUGAAGCUCUUGCUUGAAGCCUCCGCUGAUGUUGACUUGGUCAACGCUUAUGGAAACAAGGCUAUUGAUUUGCUUGGCCAAGGCUUUAAGUGGCCCUGCAGUUCGAGGAGGAAGGCAAUGGAGAUGUUGCUUAGAGGGGAGACUAACUCUGUUACAGAAGAUGAGGAGGACCAAUUUAGGGUUGGAAGUCCUUUGUCCUCAAGGGACGGAGGUGAGAAGAAAGAAUACCCCAUUGAUGUAUCUUUACCAGACAUAAACAAUGGGAUGUACGGUUCAGACGAUUUCAGGAUGUAUAGUUUCAAGAUUAAGCCUUGUUCAAGGGCCUACUCUCAUGAUUGGACUGAGUGUCCAUUUGUUCAUCCCGGGGAGAACGCCAGGAGGAGGGACCCCAGGAAAUACCCUUACAGCUGUGUUCCUUGCCCUGAGUUCAGGAAAGGGUCUUGCCAGAAGGGAGACUCUUGUGAAUACGCUCAUGGAGUUUUCGAGUCAUGGCUUCAUCCAGCUCAGUACAGAACUCGGCUUUGCAAGGAUGAGACUGGCUGCACAAGAAAAGUCUGCUUCUUUGCUCACAAACAUGACGAAUUGCGCCCAGUUUAUGCCUCCACAGGCUCAGCCAUGCCUUCACCAAGGUCUCUUGGAGUCAGCGCCUCGGACAUGGCUACUUUGAGUCCUUUAGCUCUUGGUCCAUCGUCUAUGCCAUUACCCGCAACUUCAACACCGCCAAUGUCUCCAUUGGCAAACUCUUCAUCACCCAAGAAUGGUGGGUUGUGGCAGAACAAAGCUAACCACAACACCCCACCUGCUCUUCAGCUCCCUGGUAGCCGAUUAAAGACUGCUUUGUGUGCUAGAGAUUUGGGUUUGGAGAUGGAGUUGCUUGGGAUGGAAAGUCACGCCAACCAACAGCAGCACCAACAGCAACAGUUUUUAUUGGAUGAGAUAUCUCGUCUCUCCUCUCCAUCAUACUCAAAACAAACUAACCUUGACGAUUUAUUUGGAUCCCUUGAUCCUUCUGUAUUGUCUCAAAUGCAGGGAUUUUCAUUAAAAUCCUCAACACAAACCCAGUUGCAAUCUCCAACUGGGCAUCAGAUUCGCCAAAAUAACAUGAACCAACUUCGUGGAAGCUACCCAACCAACAACAUGAACAUGUCAUCCUCUCCCGUGAGAAAGCCCACAACUUUUGGGUUUGACUCAGCUGGUUCCAUGGCUGCAGCAGUUAUGAACUCGAGGUCUUCUGCCUUUGCCAAGCGGAGCCAGAGCUUCGUAGACCGCGGUGCUGCCACGCACCUGGGCUACACAGCGGCUGCCAACUCGGCAUCAUCGAUGAUGUCUUCAUCCAGCUUAUCCGAUUGGAGCUCACCCAAUGGGAAACUGGAUUGGGCAGUUCAAGGAGAUGAGUUGAACAAGCUGAGAAAGUCUGCUUCUUUCGGGUUCAGAAACAGCAAUGGUGGAGGUAUUGCCUCAGCAGCAUCCUUGAGGCCAUCAACCAUUGAUGAACCAGAUGUGUCUUGGGUCAAUUCCCUUGUUAAGGAUGUAUCAUCUGACAGGUCUGGACACUAUAAUCUCAACAAAGGGGAUCGUGAAGUUCUCCCACCAUGGGUGGAGCAGCUGUACAUAGAGCAGGAGCAAAUGGUGGCAUGAUUAUUAUUAAGUACUUGCUUCUCUAUGCUUCUCCUCACCAAAUUAAUCUUUUUCAUAAACUUACUGGUCAUUCAUUAUUUGGAAACUUAUUAUCAUUAUAAAUAUUCAGUUAGAUGUAAGGAGGAAAAUGCCCACAAAUUCUGGGCAGAGGAGGAACAAGUUAUUAUUACUACUAUUAGGUUAAACAACCAGAGAAAGAUUUAUGUAUUUUUUAAUUAUAUUAUAUUUGUUUAUUAUUUUUAUUUUUCUCUUCUCCCAAACUGGGAUAAUUGUAAUCCUUCUCCCCUUAAGGGGGUGUAUCUUAGCUGAUCUGAUCAAAAUUGUGGUUUUCUCAUCAAGAAUGAGUUUUCUCUCUUAGAUGUAUGUAUAAUAAUAAAAAUAAUGUAUUCAAUUGACAUUUUCCAAUCUAAAAA